ACUAAUCAAAGGCACUUGUAUGGAGGGAACUGUUGGCCUCUGAAGGGAUCCAGCCAGUUCAGGCCAGCCUGCUGCUCUUUCUCUCCUUUUCUCCUUUUCUUUUCCCUCUCACUCUCUCUUCCUGUCCUGUCUGUUUAAGGAGAGAGAGAUUGGGAAAUUCCUUCAAGCUACUUUACUUCAGGUUUCUGUGGGAUUUAAACAUGCACACUGACAUUUUGGUACAGUCCAUGUUGGUGCCGUUGUUUCUGAUUCUGCUCUCUAACGUGGAGGACACUUUGUUACAAUCGGUGAGCCAGGUGGGUGGGGUGUGUAAGCUGUCCACUGAGUCAUCCCUGCGCCGCUGCCGGACACCUGAUGGCAAGAUCUGCAGUGGGAGAGGCAAGUGUGACUGCGGCAUCUGCAUCUGCGAGGCCACAGAUCCAGGGAAGUUCUACGGUCCACGCUGCGAGUGCCAUGACUGGGUCUGUACUACACAUAAUGGGAAAACCUGCAAUGACCGUGGCUACUGUGACUGUGGACUGUGUGAGUGUGAUGAAGGAUGGUUUGGAGAUUCCUGCCAGUUCCAGGAGGAGUGUAACCUAACCGGCAAGAAGAGCAAAGAGCUUUGCAAAAACCCACAGGGGGUGGUAUGCUCCAACAGAGGCACAUGUCACUGUGGAAGCUGCAUGUGUGACAACAGGGGUCUGGUGACGGGGCGUUUCUGUGAGUGUGACGACAGCGAGUGUCUAGACGAGGACACCGGAGAAGUGUGUGGAGGCCACGGCCAGUGUUACUGUGGAAACUGCUACUGUGCUGCUGGUUGGCAUGGAGACAAAUGUGAAUUCCAGUGUGACAUCAGCCCAUGGGAAAGCAAGCGGAGAUGCACAUCACCAGAUGGCAAAAUCUGCAGCAACAGAGGGACCUGUGUGUGUGGGGAGUGUAACUGUUAUGACGUAGAUCCCUCGGGCGACUGGGGAGAUAUUCAUGGAGACACCUGCGAGUGUGAUGAGAGGAACUGUCAUGCAACCUACGACCGAUACACAGAUGACUUCUGCUCAGGUCAUGGCCAGUGUAAUUGUGGCAGGUGUGACUGCAAAGAGGAAUGGGCUGGGAAGAAGUGUGAGCAUCCUCUUUCCUGCUCCCUUUCGCUGGAUAGCAGUUUGAAGAAGUGUCGAGGGACGUCCAAUUUGCCCUGCUUCGGACGAGGUCAGUGCCAGUGCGGACUGUGUAAUUGCUACCCACCUGGGGACAGCCGUGUUCAUGGCAAAAACUGUGAGUGUGACGACCGUCAGUGUGAGGACCUCAGCGGAGAGGUCUGUGGAGGUCACGGUUACUGUUCGUGUGGACGCUGUAUCUGCCAGGAGGGCUGGUUCGGGAAGCUGUGCCAGUUCCCCAGGUCUUGUGACAUGAGUGACGUUCAGAGCAAAGAGCUUUGUGAGACCUCUGAUGGUGUCAUGUGCAGUGGAAAAGGUUCCUGUCACUGUGGCAAAUGCAUGUGCUCAUCCAAAGACUGGUGGGUGUCCGGAGAGUACUGCGAUUGUGACGACCGAGAGUGUGACAAACAUGAUGGCCUCAUCUGUACAGGGAAUGGAUUGUGCAAUUGCGGCAACUGUGAAUGCUGGGACGGCUGGACGGGGAACGCUUGCGAAAUCUGGUUGGGAACAGAGUACUGAGAAGGAGAGGACAUUAGGGUUAGAGACAAGGGGCCUGGCUGCCCGGAGCAACCAGGAGCUCGGUGGUCACAACUAGACUGGUAAAACGCCACAGCCAGGAAAACCACAAGAGGAGGAAGAAGAAAAAACUAAACAUGGAUGUAAUUCUGGAUAUCACUAACAGCAUUCCUUCUUUUAUUGUACUGGUUACAAAAAAUCCUUAUAAAAUUGGGUAUUGUAGGUGUAAAAAAAAACAUAUUACUAUGUAAACAUUUGUUUCCAAAACAGCUUUAAAUAUAAUUUACCUUUUUAUUAUAUAGGAACGCUUACAUAUUCAAGAUGGCUACACAUAAUAGGAUGCAGGUACAUGACAAAUCCAAAUGUUGUAAAGGGAAGAAUGAUUAAAGUAACAUUGUUGGAUACUGUGGCGGCAAUCUGUUUUUAACUGUACUGAGGGGUGUGUUGUUCCAAAAAUGGGACUGAAAGUCCACUUGAACACUCAAGGCACAAGUUAAUGUUUUAGGUUUUUAUUUCUUUUUAAUAAUAAAACAUUUAAUGUGCAGCAUGACACAACAUUUUGCAUGGAAAACAAUGCGAAGACCUUAAUCAUACAUGGUUACAAAUCUGUUAUAACAUGACAUAACUCCAAUGGGCAUACUUGCUAAGGUAUAUAUCAUAUAUAUAUAUAUAUAUUUUUUUUUGUGAAAAUAAAUCAUAAUAGUGCCUAAUCUUCUCCCCCGGGAAAUCAAACAAUCAGACAUGAAAGCCACACUGUACUGAAGGUACAUGAUGGACAUUUCUCACUCAACACAUACUAGUGACAAGGAAAAAUUGUAAGAGGAGGAAACAGAGAGAGGGCAUACAUAGUUCAGUUGUGGCAUGCUGGAUGUCCAUGUCACUUCAAAAGGUGGCAUCAGGGGAUGAGAGCUGCAUUGACACAAGAGCUCAGUCACCACUUGAAAAGAGGACCGAUAAGAAGUCACAAAGAAAAUUUAAUGUAAAUUCUACUUUGGCCUUUUUCAUGCUUAAACUAGCCAAUCCCUCUGUUUUCUUUGUCCCAUCAAGAAAUGACAGGUGCAAUAAUAUACUGCACACUAUAUUGCAUUAAGUAUGUUACUGACGUUACAGUACACCUUUUAUAUAAAUAUUGUAUUCAAUAUGUUGUAUGUGUGUAUACAACAAACAAACUGUAUAGUGUAGACAAACUGGUUGCAUAUAUGUAUGUAAAAUUAGCGGUACAUACCAACAGUUCUUGACAGACAUAGCCUACUACAUGCAGUUCAUCAAUGCCAUCCUCUCCCCAUGCAACAGAUGGGACAAUGUACAAAAAAAAGAGGUU